CAACGGUCGGUGGUUCAGUCAUCUGUCAGCAUUCUUUCGCUUGUCGUUGGAUUAAUUCCACUCAAGAGUAGUUUAAUUUCAAGAUACAGAUUGAUAGUCAAGCAUGGAUUUGAGCGUGUGGGGCGUAACAGAAGAACAAAUUAAAGAAUUUCGCGAUUGGUUAAAUAAACAAGAACAUCUUCCCGAUGUCCCUGAUGAAUAUCUUGCAAGAUUUUUGCACAGCUGCUAUUUCAACCUGGAAAAAGCAAAGAAAGCUCUUGAUUCAUACAUGAGGUUGAAAGCCAAAGCUCCAGAGCUUUUUUCAAAUCGAAACUUAGAUGGAGAAAAGAUGCAAAUGAAUAUUGAAAAUUGCUGCCUUGGGGUUCUACCGACUACUACAGCCAAAGGUUAUUCUGUAAUUUGGGGUCGUUUGAUGAAUCCUGAUUCUUCCAAAUUCUCAACAGAAGAAGGUUUAAAAGCAAUGUACCUGACAGUUGAUAGAUUGCUAUUAGAGAGAAAAGGUUGCCCUGGUAUUAUUUUUGUGUAUGAUACAGAAAAUUUUACAAUCAGGCAUAUAUUCAGAACAGCUAUAUCUACCAUAAGGAAUUAUUUUGAGUACAUACAGGAAGCUGUUCCCAUGAGACAUAAAACAAUCCACCUCAUCAAUGUUGGCUCAAUAACAACUUACCUGAUGGCAGCUAUUAGACCUUUUGUUUACAAGGAACAUUUAAAAAAGAUACAUUUCCAUCCCUCAAACAACAUAGAUGGCCUUCUUGAGGAUAUUCCGAAGGAAAAUAUUCCGUCUGACUAUGGAGGAUGUGGACCAUCUCUUCGAAAAAUGAAUGAUGAUAACUGUAAUAGCAUAAAGGCACUUAGUGAUUGGUUUAAAUUUGAUGAAACGUUGAAGAUGAAAAAGUUCAAGUGAACUAUAUAUAGAAAACCUUAAUGUAGA